AUGUCUUCCAUCAAGAACCUCGCUCUCCUGGCUCUGGCCACUGGCUUCGCAUCUGUCGUCAACGCUGCUGAGACCGGCAAGACCACACGCUACUGGGACUGCUGCAAGGGCUCAUGCUCAUGGCCCGGAAAGGCCGAUGUCAGCGCUCCCGUCACCACCUGCGACAAGAGCGACAACCCUUUGACCGACGCCAACACUGCUUCCGCCUGUAACGGUGGCUCCGCAUACAUGUGCUCUGACCAGAGCCCUUGGGCCGUGUCCGACGACUUGGCCUACGGCUUCGCUGCCGUCAACAUUGCUGGCGGAUCCGAGGACAGCUGGUGCUGCUCUUGCUACAAGCUCACCUUCACCACGACCGCUAUUGCCGGCAAGAGCAUGAUCGUCCAAGCCACCAACACCGGUGGCGACCUUGGUAGCAACCAAUUCGACCUCGCCAUCCCCGGUGGUGGUGUCGGCAUCUUCAACGCCUGCACAGCCGAGUUCAAUGCUCCAUCUUCCGGCUGGGGUGCUCAAUAUGGCGGCAUCAGCUCAAAUACCUGCAGCGCCUUCCCCAAGGCCCUCCAAGCCGGUUGCGGUUUCCGCUGGGACUGGUUCGAGGGUGCCGAUAACCCUGAGGUUGAGUUCGAGCGUGUCGCUUGCCCUGCUGAGAUCACUGCCAAGAGUGGAUGCAGCAGAACUGAUGACAGUGCUCAGGCUAAGGUUGCUGAGGCGCCUGCCGCUUCUGUCUCAUCGUCUUCGGCUGCUCAGAAGGUUGCGGUUGCUUCUUCGUCGUCAGUUGAGGCUGCAACUUCUGCUUACAGCUCUUCCUCUGAGGCUGCUGUUGUUGGAUCUUCGACUUCUGAGGUUGCACAGGCUGCUGCUUACUCUACCUCUGAGGCUGCUCCUGCGUCUUCUUCCUCCGAAGCAGCUGUUUCGUCUGCUGCCACUUACGCCGCUCCUGCCGUCGAGUUCUCUGCAUCGUCUACCAUUGCCGCCUACUCGUCCGCCGCCUCCAUGGAGGCUUCCUCUCCCUCCUCUGCCGCCGUCGUACAAUCUUCCGGCACUGCUGCCGCUGCACCUUCGUCUUCAGCUUCCAGCUCUGACGACGCAAACUGCAACGUCCAAUACGUUUAUGAGUACGAUCUCUAA